CAUAGUAAUAAAAAACAGCGUGUAAAGGUCACGAUGAAUGGUUUAUAAACAAAAUUACAAAAUAAGAAAUCGAUAAUGAUAAUAUUAUAUAUUAUAGAAAAUGUGUUUGGUUUUGUUUUUUUAGCCGACAGAUAUUGGCUGUGACUCGAAAUCGACUUCCCUCCCCCCACCCCCGGCACCAGCAGCGGUGGCACGCACAUCAAAAGUACCCUGCACAUAUUAUAUACACACACACGCACUCCCACGCAUACACAACUACAGUCACACACACGCAUAUACGAUAUUAUAUGCACAUUGUACACCAGUGCAGUCUAUCGAGUGGCCACCACUGCACCACUACUGCGCCACCACCGUAACAGCGGCGCCACGCCGAAGAUGUGCCACCAGAGAUGCGCGGGCGCGACUCCCGUGCCGUGCAAAAACUGCACGUGGCCGACACGAGCCUAGACAAACAUGGCCAAAGACAAAAAACCGGAAAAGAAUACCGGAUCGAGAAAAGGAACGGUCACCUGUGAACGGACCUACGUUUCAGACAGAUGUUCACAAGCCGGUAACCAAGAAAUUCGACGAUCACCACCAAGCAGCCCGUCUACGAUACGAGUAUUAGAUCUUCCAUGCAAACACCGAAGAAGAGGCGCGGUUCGUGAUAAAAGAACCACUGUGUCUCUUCAAAGAUCACGUCCGGUUCAUCAGCGCGCCGAUAACGCAUACGUAGAAACGUCUUUCGCAGACAGUGUUGUCCCGCCUGCAUCAUUACAGCUACAGGGUGCUCUCACUCCGUCCUGCUCAUACACGUCCAACCGUACUCCGAACGCCGUGCCAUAUUCCUGUGGCAGCUCCGCUUCCGCCGAAGUCAGCUGCACAGAGCCGCCGGCCAUGAAGUCGUCGGCCGAACCGCCUCCCCGGCCGGGCGAAGGCAUCAUUGACGAGUUUCCCGCGUACGUGCCGUGGAAGGCCGAACAGCGCGUGGAAGAAGACUCGUUGGCGUGCAACGUGUGUCUCAAGUGCCGGUGCUCCACGUGCCAGAAACUGUGCAGGUACCCUGGCAUGCGCGUUUGCGGCUUGAUAGAUGUACAAUCGCGUUGCGAUGAAGCUUGCGUCGAGACGACAACRGCGGUGUGCCUGCCGUGCGUCCAAAAGACGGCCAGGUGCCCGACCAUCAACGCUGCCAGGGCCGAAGCUGCUGCCAGGGCCGAAGCCGCUGCUUGGGCUGAAGCUUAUACCAAGGUUGAAUCCUCUUCCAGGGCCGAGGUCAACGAACCUGACGUGUCCGCUACCACAGCUAUAGCCAAAUCCGCCAUCAUAGCUGUCGGCAAAGCUGCAACCACAGCCGCUACCAAAGUCGCUACCACAGCAGCCACUAAUGCCACUACCAGAGCCGCCACUAAAGCCGUCACCAAAACUGCCACCGCGUCCGUCACCAAAUCCGCUGCCUCAGCCGCUAUAACAGCCGCUACCAAAGCCGUCACUAACGCCGCUACCAGAGCCACCACCACAGCCGCCACUAAAGCCAUUACCAAAACUGCCAACAAAGCUGCCAUCACAGUCGCUACUAGAGCCACCGCCACAGCCGCCACCACAGCCGCCACCGCAGCCGCUACCACAACAGCCAGCACCGCCCCUGAAACUGCCGAACUGAAAGACAGUGGCGGUCAGCUGCGGACGGCACGCGUCACAUCAGGUAAGUGCCGGUUGCGCUGGCUGCUCUAUUGCAUAUGCUGCCCGUGCCCGUACUGUCCGGUGGAGGACGUGGCCGCGUGUUCGGACGGGUGUCGCGGCAACGUCAACGUUUCCGGUUGUGAGUGCGUCGAUUGGGAGGCGCUGAGGCAAAACAACCGCCUCCGGGCGAAAAUCGCCGCCACAGCUGUUCUGUCGUCCAGAGAGCAACGCCGUUGCCGUGAUUACCAUUAUUACAUCAGGAGGAAGCCGGAUAUGGCCGGAGCCACCACGACCACUGCCAUAACCACCUACGACAAGUUCGCCGCUGAUGAGGAAAACACUGGCACCGCGGCCGCCGACAAGAAAAGCAAAUUGCACAAAUUCCUACGUUUUUAGACUUAUAAUAUAUACACGUAAAAUGCGAUGUAUUUCUUAUACGAUUACUCCGGCAAGUACAGCCAGUCGUAUUCGUMUAUAUUAAUCCAUGUAUAUUGUAUGCAUAUAUUUAUAUUAUAUAGG